AUGCAGCCUCGGCCAGACUGCCAGACCAUGCUAAUACUGCGGAUUGACCUUAGAAUUCAUAACAUCGAUUUUCUCCAGAGUUACUUCUGGCGCAAUGCCGGCUUUGGGGUGAUACACGAUAUCCCCAACCUGGGCCGAUACGCCGGCCGAUACGACCCGACCGUGAUACCUGUCGAGAGCGCGAAGGCGGGCUCAGCGGCAUCGAUAACAUCUGCCACCGUGUCGCGCAGAAAAGGCAGCCAGGGAUACUACACAUCUGCGGAUUACCAUGCGCUCUACUUGACAGGGGAACUGACCCCGAUCGUCGUCGCCGAGACAUUGCUGCCCAUGAUCCGUCGCGACUCCCGGCCUCCCGGAAGACACUCCACUGCCUUCCUCGAAUCCCAGGCUGAGGCGAUUCACGCAGCAGCACAAGCCUCUACCGAUCGAUACAAGGCCGGCAAGCCGUUGGGGCCACUGGAUGGUGUCCCUGUCGCAGUUAAAGACGAGGUGGAUCUCACGGGCUACAAACGCACUCUAGGAACGAAGCUGGACUUCAAGCAUGAGUCCGGCGGGACCUCAUGGUGUGUGAAGCAGUGGAUUGAUGCGGGAGCUAUAAUCAUCGGGAAGACCAGCAUGCACGAGCUGGGCCUAGACACGAACAACAACAACCCCAACUACGGAACACCCAAAAAUCCCCACAAUAAGGAGUACUAUUGCGGAGGCUCUUCUGGUGGAUCUGGAUAUGCUGUUGGAGCUGGCCUCGUGCCAUUUGCCCUUGGUGCUGAUGGUGGUGGUUCCAUUCGCAUCCCAUCGUCCUUCUGUGGUAUUUGGGGGUUGAAGCCUUCCCAUGGGCGAGUGUCCGGGGCGCCAUCUCAAAGCUUAGCACCGACUGUGGGUGUACUCGGGCCAAUGGCUUCAAGUAUUGAUGAUCUCGCAUUGGCAUAUCGCACCAUGGCUGCCCCUGCACCAGCGUCAGAAGACCCCAUUUCAUCGCAGUUCCCUUAUCCUCAGCUCCCUCAGCCAGACACCAAGAGGACGAAGACAAUUGGAGUGGUCCGCGACUGGAUCGAUCGAGCUGAAGCUCCUGUGCGUGCCGUGUUUGACAGAGCUCUGGAUUACUACCGCGGGGAAGGCUACAACGUCAUCGAUAUCAAAAUUCCCUACCUUGUUGAAGGUCAGCGCGCUCACGUCCUGACUAUCAUGGCAGAGAUUGCAUCCGGUGUUGAUGCGAGUAAGAUCAAUCAACUCACCGCACCAAAUAAAGUGCUGGUUUCAUUGGGGAUGUGGCAGAUCACCGCACAAGACUUGCUCGCUGCCCAGAGGCUGCGGAAUCUUCUCAUGACACAUCUAGCUCAUCUUUUCAAAACCCACCCCGGACUCCAGAUUGUCUCGCCUACUACUCCGAUCCCUGGGUGGCACAUUGACGGUGGUGAAUCAGAUCUCUCCUAUGGCUUGUCUGACGGCAAGGCUUCCGUUCGGAACAUGGAGUAUGUCUGGUUGGCCAACUUUACUGGAUGCCCUGCCAUUAGCUGUCCUGCGGGAUACGCCGACAGUGGUGUCCCCAUUGGUGUUAUGGCUAUGGGUGAAUGGGGCACAGAAGAGGGUUUAAUUGCCUUUGCGCGGGAUGGUGAGGCUAUCUUGGAUCUACCUGGUGCUCGUCCUCCUGUCGAGGGUGCAGCUGCUUCGGCGGCUACGGGUCUCCGUGUUCCCUCUGAUGAUCUUGCUAUCUGGGAAGAUAUCAUUGCGCAGUCAAAGUAG